AUGGCGCCAUCACCAGAGCCGCGCCCCUCUACUGGUGCGUCAGAGAGCCCCGACGACAAUAGCGGCGGCAGCGGCAGCACUAGACGGUUCUACUGGGAAUGUCAGCGCCGGGGCUUGGUCUGCGAUUCGAAACGUCCUGUUUGCUCCAGGUUGUGCCCUGGGUAUGAGAACGUGAAGCCUUUGACCUGGGUGGCCCCUAAUCAGGUCACGACGCGGACAUGGAGGGGCGGACGAAAACCGAAAACUGACAAAAUCGACAUCGCCAAGAAGGGUUCGAAAGGUAGCGGAAAGAAAAAGGCGAUACAGAAGAUUCCAGAAGAAGAAGAUCGUCGGGUACAGCUCAUUCAUGUAUUCCCCGGACAAGAGCUCCGGACGGAAACAUGCGACAUUGCUGAUGCCUCAGUUUAUUGGAACGAACAGGUUUACCCAUACUUCUACGAGAACCAGCUCACUAAGAGCCCCUGGGUUGUACCAAUUUCCCAUAUCCACGCUAUGAAACCAUACCGACGACAUGGCCUAGUCACUAUGGCAAUCGAGCACCGGAUGUCACGCCUAUCGCCUGCAAGGAAUGACGCUUACGCGAUUGAGGUCAGAGCUAGGGCCUAUCAGCAUCGUCUUACAGCGAUCCAGGCUUUAAACAAGGAGAUCGAAAAUGAGAGUACGCGAUGCUCCGAUGCAACUCUAGCUGGCGUAAUCGUCAUCCUCUUCAGUGAUCUUAUGGGGAGUGCAACAGAGCCUAAUUGGCAUGCGUUCUGUCAAAAGUCGCCGCAUCUCAAGUCUCUCGUGUUGUUCUGUAAAGUCAUCGAGAAUCUCGCCAAUACAACUAGCCCCGCCCACGAUCAAGUGUCGCCAGUGGCAAACUUCAAGAUACGAAAUGUAGUGAGGGACGUAUUCUCGAUUGGUUAUUAUCCCCAGCUUCCAUGUCCAGUCGACUUACUCAUCGACAUCAUCCACAUCAACCGCCUUCGCUUCCAAGCAACGUGCAGUCAACCUGGAGGACCUCUCACCUCGAUCAGGAUGGAAGCAGAGCGUCUCCUAGACAAGAUUUUGGACUAUUCACCUGAAGUCUGGUCUGGUAGCACGGAGCCUUUAGCAGAUGGACAUCUCUUAAUGGCCAAGACCUAUCGGUCAGCCGUGGCACUGUUUGGUGUUUCUUCUCUACAAAGCGUGAAGGUCAUUCCUUUCUCGAAGGAUUGGAUGACCGUCAAGGAAACCCAUCGUGACAGGCUGUUCUCUUUUCUCAAAGCCUCGCUUGCCUCUCCAGCAUUGAAGAUCUGCACCACAUGGCCAAUGAUUGUAGCCGGGUUCGAGGCCAAGAGUGGAAACCUGUCCAUGCGGAGCUUCGUUCUAGGGCGUAUGAAAGAAGACAGUCAGAGGAUGGGAAUCUAUCUUCCAGUCGCGGCUAAAGAGGUCCUAGAGAGAUUUUAUGCCUCUGUAGGAAACACCUGGGACGAUUGUUUCGACAGUCCUCAUGCAUUGUUCACGUAGGAUGAAGGCAAUAAGUAAACCGACCAAACAUGCAUAGAUCGUGAGUCCUUAGCGAAAGGUCAAGUGAUGGCCCUUGGCUCCUGUGACUGAAAUUGAUGAUGUCGUGAAAGGCUUCACCGAAAACGCGCCCGAGUCAUAUUUUUUUCGGCACCUCGGAAGCAGUGCAAACUCUAUUCUGGCUUUAGGUGGU